CCAAUUUCCGGUUCCGUCAGUACCGGGAGCCCGGUCGAGAUGGAGGAAGAUGCGACCGGAGGCCAUCAGUCGCCAGAAACGGCGGAUAAAAUGGGACCUGCAGCCUAGAGGUCCGCACUUGGAGUUCACCUCAGACGCGGCGGAACCACCUUGAUCUGAGAAGUAGAAACGGACACAUGACCUUGGGACCCUGGAUGACAAACACCCACUUCGUUUUUCAAUGAUACAGUGAUCCCCUUCUUUUGAAGGGCCUCAAAGGAGAAGAUUGCUCCACUGGACUUGUCCCCAGGUCUCCAGGCACAAUGGAGGACAAACGUAACAUCCAGAUCAUCGAGUGGGAACACCUGGACAAGAAGAAGUUCUAUGUGUUUGGUGUGGCCAUGACAAUGAUGAUCCGUGUCAGCGUCUACCCAUUCACCCUCAUCCGCACUCGGUUGCAGGUUCAGAAAGGCAGGAGCCUCUACCACGGGACCUUUGACGCCUUCAUCAAGAUCCUACGGGCGGAUGGUGUGACUGGUCUCUACCGGGGGUUCCUGGUCAACACCUUCACCCUCAUAUCUGGCCAGUGCUAUGUCACCACUUACGAGCUCACCCGGAAGUUCGUAGCUGACUACAGCCAGAGCAACACAGUCAAGUCACUGGUGGCCGGUGGCUCGGCCUCUCUCGUGGCCCAGAGCAUCACGGUGCCCAUUGAUGUGGUCUCCCAGCAUCUGAUGAUGCAGCGCAAGGGUGAGAAAAUGGGCCGCUUCCAAGUGCGAGGGAAUCCAGAAGGACAAGGGGUAGUUGCCUUUGGCCAAACCAAGGACAUCAUCAGGCAGAUCCUGCGGGCUGAUGGACUUCGUGGCUUCUACCGAGGCUACGUGGCUUCGCUGCUUACUUACAUCCCAAACAGUGCUGUCUGGUGGCCCUUCUACCACUUCUAUGCAGAGCAGCUCUCGUCCCUCUGCCCAAAGGAGUGCCCUCACAUUGUCUUUCAAGCCAUCUCGGGGCCUCUGGCUGCAGCCACUGCUUCCAUCCUCACCAAUCCCAUGGAUGUCAUCCGAACCCGAGUACAGGUUGAGGGCAAGAACUCCAUCAUCCUGACCUUCCGACAGCUGAUGGCAGAAGAGGGGCCUUGGGGGCUCAUGAAAGGCCUGUCGGCCAGAAUCAUCUCAGCCACGCCCUCCACCAUUGUCAUUGUGGUGGGCUAUGAGAGCCUCAAGAAGCUCAGCCUCCGACCUGAGCUGGUGGACUCGAGACACUGGUAACCAGUGAUGGGGAGAGAAGCCUGAUGUUUCCUACACUACUCUGGGUCAGGGGCAGAGAGGAGAGGUGAGCACCCUCUCCAAGUGCCCCCACCACAGACCUAGUCCUCCUGUGGGCCAGGUGGCCUGUCUGGGACAGGGACAGAGACUUUGAACUGCUCUUGCUGAAGAGGCUCCACGCCUGGAUCCCCCAUCCUCAUUAUUUUUAAAUUUUCUUGCCAAGCUGGGCUGCCUCACUCAGUCCAGGUACUCAGUCCAGCCCUAAGGAAAUCCACUCUACCCGCCAAUCCCACUCCAUCGAUCCCCUGCUGACCCUUCUCUGCCUUCUCCCUCCAUCUGUGGCCCUGAGGUCCUGAGAAGAGCUGUACAUAGAACUUGGUUACUACCGCUAGUUCUUCUUAUUGGGCUUUCAGUCCGAAUUCCAAGCUGCUGCCAUCAGCCCUUCAUCUCUUAGGUUUGCUUAUUUUCCUUUUGGAACUGAGCUGCCCAUCAGACUACUCUGCUUUUCUCUGCCACUGGGGACAAGGUGCCAGGUACUUUUACACAGGGAGUAGGAGCAGCAAAAACCUCUGGUCCUUCAGAGCACGUGUCCUCUCUUUGGAGAGUUAUUAGGUUGGGGAGAAAUGUUGAUACUUUAUUUUGUGUGUAUAUUUUUCUGUGAACCAGGCUACUGUCUAAGUCCUGCUAAAGCACCAAUCCUGCAGUCAGAGCCCACUCCUUCCUCAGACAGGUGAAAAAUGUAAUGUAGCUUUCCCUCAAUCCCAGUUCCCUAUCCCUCCCAGCCCCUCCAGUCCCAGCAGCCCUAGGACAAACCAGCUGUUGUUUUCCCCUGGCCCAGAUGACUACAGUGGUGGGCACAGCUCUAAGUAAAUCAGACUGUUUGGGACACACUGGACUUGGAACACUACCCUGAAAAGUCUGGUUGAGAGAGUAGUUGGUUUGGAAAGUGACAGAAAGAUAUGUGAGCCCUAGCGCAUCUCCCUUGACCAGCUGAGCCAAACCUAGCAGAGGGCAGUGGAGGCUCUUAACCCCAGGCAGUCAUCACACACACACACAGACACACACACACACACCCAGUCACUUGGACUCACAGAAACAGAUGUUGUCUCACAAUGGGAAUCUCUGUGAUGUGGAACUGUUUGUGUUUUUCUUCUCCCCGAUGUAAGGAGACAUCCUGGUCAUGGUACCCUCUGGAGCGAUGCUUGGAGGAGGGUAAAGGGCGGGUUGGGAAGUCGCUCAAUACCAGGACCACUGCAUUUACCAGCCUGAUACUGCCGAGAUUAUCUGUUGAAGCUCUCAGGAGCUAGGUGAUGAGUGAUUCUUUCCUGCCUCAUCCUUCCCCCCACAACACAAACCUCCUCUACCAAGUCGGUGUGGCAGGUGAGGAAAGGUGCAGCAAAUGGAAUGAGAAGAAGGCAUAUCAAACCCACACUUCUGCUUGAAACAUCUGAUUUGUAUGACCCUUCACACUUUCUUAUUUGGUCCCACCCCCCGGGAGAGGCCACGGUGCCAAUUUGAAAGGUGCUAGCUACCUGAAGCCUUGAUAUUUCUUAUGGCUGCCCCACAGUCUAUCCCCCAGGGCUAGAUCAGAAUCUGAAUUCUCUACCUUUACCACCACUUCCCAUCUUGUGCUUUUAUCUUUGAAGGUUAUUUUCUCUUUCAUUUCAUUGUUUGUCCCUUCUUGGACUUUGUCAAGAGUCCUCCAGUUUCUGUUCACAAAUGGUCAUCUAAAGGGUUGGGUCUGCACCUCAUUCUGAAUCUUCCUGUCUCAGUCACUCCUUCACCCUAAGAACCACGAAGGUAAGAGAAGCCAGGGGUCCCUUCUUUCUCUUUAAACUCACUCUGUUGAGACCUUUGGAGGUUGAUUUUCUCAGCUCCACACCUUCCCCUUCCUAGAGACUUAGAUUCAGUCCUUCCCCACCAUUGCAAAGUGGGUAAGGUAUCAUGGACAAGAGGUAACCUCCUGCUUGUCUUCUCUUAGGUUGUUUCUCCGUCCCAGACUCAACACUUUUUCUUCUGUUUUGUUUUCUUGUAAAGUAUUUCAGUCUUACCUGUUUCCUGUUCUCUCUCUCACACACACAUACACAUACACGUGCGCGCGGGUGUUUUAAAAGAUGAUGUGCAUAUAUACUAAAAGGGACCCAUGGCCCCUUACUUUUCCAUCUAAUAUUUCAGGGACUGGUAUUGGGUUUGGUUAAAAUAUGUCUUGGUGGGGAUGGGACUGUGGCCUUCCAUUUUCCCAGGACCAUGGAUCGGACCAAUUGGAGUGUUUGAUGUAUUGGUCUGCAGCCAAAAUUGGAAGGAACUUCUGGGAGACUGGGCAAGAUGGGGAAACCUGAUGGGAGUAUUGAAGGACAGGGGAAUAAAAAUGCAGAUACAGUUAACAUUUGAUAAAGUGGACUCCUGUGAAUAAUAUUAACGGCAAACAUUCACUGUUGCACUGUACGAAUUCUCUAAAAAGUGUAAUUAAACGUUUUUAUCGA